ACCAUUCUCGUAAAUUUUACCAUUUUCAGGCGCUAAUUUGUAAUUCUGCGUCUUUCCUUUCAACAACACUUGAUAGUUUUCGCACGAAACUCAGAAACCACACCCUCUCCUUCUUGUCUCUCUGAAAUACACUCGCCAGUCUCAGUUUACUACAAGGGUAGCUAUAUGUAUAGGUUGUGUGUAUCUGUGUGGUGGUGUUAAUGGGGAAAGGAAAACCUAGGGAUGUGGAGAAGGGAGUUGUAGGUCAAACUUUGAGUGUUUCAUCAUCUGGAUCAUUGAAUAUUCCAUCUGCACCUGUGUAUUACCCUACUGAGGAUGAAUUUAGAGCCCCUUUGGAGUAUAUUUAUAAGAUCAGGCCCGAGGCCGAGGCGUAUGGGAUUUGUAGGAUAGUUCCACCGAAGAGCUGGAAACCCCCAUUUGCGUUGGAUUUGGAUUCGUUUACAUUUCCCACAAAGACGCAGGCCAUUCACCAGCUGCAGGUGCGCCCUGCGUCGUGCGAUUCCAAGACUUUUGAGUUGGAGUACAAUAGGUUUUUGGAGGACCGUUGCAGGAAGAAGUUGCGGAAGAGGGUGGUUUUCCAAGGGGAGGAGUUGGAUUUGUGUAAGUUGUUUAAUGCUGUGAAGCGAUAUGGAGGGUAUGAUAAGGUUGUGAAGGGGAAGAAGUGGGGGGAGGUUGCUCGUUUUGUGAGGCUGGUGAAAGGGAUUUCGGAGUGCUCGAAGCAUGUAUUGUGUCAACUGUAUCGUGACCAUUUGUAUGAUUAUGAAAAGUAUUAUAACAAGCUGAACAGAGAGGGGGCCAGACGAUAUAAGAGGGGUAUGCCUGUGGAGAAGAGGGUUGAACAGAGUUUUGAAUGUUCCAGCUCCAAAAGGAGGCGAAUCACUAAGGAUGGUGGGAAGGUUAAGGUCAGUAAGGCAGAGAAGGAGGAUGAGGAGCAUGAUCAGAUAUGUGAACAAUGCGUAAGUGGCUUGCACGGUGAAGUGAUGCUUUUGUGUGAUAGGUGUAAUAAGGGGUGGCACAUUUAUUGUCUGUCUCCUCCAUUGAAGCAGGUUCCACCAGGGAAUUGGUAUUGCUUGGAAUGCUUGAAUUCCGACAAGGAUAGUUUUGGCUUCGUGCCUGGUAAGCAGUUUUCACUGGAAGUUUUUAGGCGUAUGGCUAAUCGUGCCAAGAGGAAAUGGUUUGGGUCAGGAUCUGCAUCAAGGGUUCAAUUAGAGAAAAAGUUUUGGGAAAUUGUGGAGGGUUCAGCCGGUGAGGUGGAAGUUAUGUAUGGCAGUGACUUGGAUGCUUCCAUGUAUGGGAGUGGGUUUCCACGUGUAAAUGACCAGAAACCAGAAUCAACUGAGGCCAAGAUAUGGGAUGAAUACUGUAGGAGCCCAUGGAAUCUCAAUAACUUACCCAAACUGAAAGGAUCAGUGCUUAGAGCUGUUCAUCAUAACAUUGCUGGUGUUAUGGUUCCUUGGCUGUAUGUUGGGAUGCUGUUCUCAUCUUUUUGCUGGCAUUUUGAAGAUCAUUGUUUUUACUCAAUGAAUUAUCAUCACUGGGGAGAGCCAAAAUGUUGGUACAGCGUCCCUGGUAGGGAAGCCAGUGCAUUUGAGAAGGUGAUGCGCAACAGUCUUCCUGAUCUUUUUGAUGCACAACCUGAUUUACUCUUUCAGCUUGUCACCAUGUUAAAUCCAUCUGUUUUGCAAGAGAAUGGAGUUCCAGUAUAUAGUGUGCUACAGGAGACUGGGAAUUUUGUCAUCACCUUCCCCAGAUCUUACCAUGGAGGCUUUAAUCUUGGUUUGAAUUGUGCAGAAGCUGUCAAUUUUGCUCCAGCGGACUGGCUACCUCAUGGUGGGUUUGGAGCAGGGCUGUAUCAGCUUUAUCACAAAACUGCCAUUCUGUCUCACGAGGAGCUUGUUUGCGUGCUAGCCAAGAGUGACUGUGACAGCAGAGUGUCAACUUAUUUGAAGAAAGAAUUGACAAGAAUCUACAGCAAGGAAAAAACUUGGAGGGAGAGGCUUUGGAGAAAAGGAAUCAUCGGAUCAUCCAUUAUGUCCUCUCGUAAAUGCCCUGAAUAUGUUGGUACCGAAGAGGACCCUACAUGCAUUAUAUGCCAACAGUAUCUUUUUCUUUCUGCUGUUGUUUGUUGUUGUAGGCCAUCUGCAUUUGUAUGUCUAGAGCAUUCGGAACACCUUUGUGAAUGCAAAUCCAAGAGACACCGUCUUUUGUAUCGUCAUUCUCUGGCAGAGUUGCAUGAAUUGGUGCUUGAAAUGGAUAAACAUUGUUUUGGGGAGACAACACAAAGUAGGACUAUAAGAAGGCAAACCUCAUUCCCUGAUGAACCAACGGCUUUGACAAAAAAAGGUGAAAGGGGGGGCCAUGCUACUUUUGCUCAACUUGCAGAACAAUGGCUUUUGCGCUCAUGCAAGAUUUCUCAGAAUCUGUUUUCAAGAGAUGAGUAUGUGUCUUUAUUAAAAGAAGCUGAACAGUUUCUUUGGGCUGGCUCAGAGAUGAAUCCUGUGCGGGAAACGAUCAAGAAUUUGAUCAGAUUUCAGAUAUGGGCUGAAGGUGUAAGAGAUUGUCUAUCUAAACUUGAGACUUGGUCAUCUCAUCGUGGAAACAAUGGAGAGAAAGUUCACUUGGAUUAUAUCAAUGAGUUGCUGAGUUUUGAUGCGGUGCCCUGUCACGAGACUGGGCAUCAUAUUUUGAAGGGCUACACUGAAAAGGCAAAGGUGUUGAUACAGGAAAUUGAAUCUGCUAUGUCAUCAUGCCCAAAGCUAUCAGAGUUGGAAUUGUUGUAUUCCAGAGCCUGUGAGCUUCCAGUCUGUGUGAAUGAAAGUGAAAAUUUACUACAAAGAAUUUCAUCAGCAAAGGUCUUGAUGGAAGGCAUAAGAAAAUGUAUCUCAGAGACACGUACUGCUGCAAUUGAGAUUGAUGUUGUUUACAAUUUGAAAUCAGAGAUUUCAGAGCUCCAAGUUGAACUCCCAGACACAGAUAGGCUUUCGGAUCUGUUAAGGAAGGCUGAAUCAUGUCAUGCUCGAUGUGGUGAAAUUUUGAAAGGUCCUAUUAUCCUUGAGGAUGUUGAGGUGUUUCUGAAAGAAUUGGAUGGUUUUACUGUUAACACACCAGAGCUGAAGCUUCUGAGGCAGUACCACACUGAUGCUGUUUCUUGGAUUUCUCUUCUUAAUGCUGUUCUUGUGAACAUUCACGAAAGGGAGGAUCAAAAUGUAGUUAAUGAGUUAAUGCUCAUUUUAACAGAUGGAGCAUCUUUGAGAAUUAAAGUUGAUCAGUUGUCUAUCGUAGAGUUUGAGUUGAAGAAGGCUCAGUGCAGGGAAAAGGCGCUGAGGAUGCGAGAUACUAAAUUGUCUCUGGACUUCAUUCAAGAAGUGAUGAUGGAGGCAAGAAUGUUACGUAUUGAGGGGGAGAAGUUAUUCGUUGAUAUGUCUGAAGUGUUUGAUGCUGCAACGCUAUGGGAGGAAAGAGCGAAACAUAUCCUUGCACAUGAGGCUCAGAUAUCUGACUUUGAAGAUGUUAUCAGGAGUUCGGAAGACAUACAUGUGAAUUUAUCUCCUCUCCUUGAUGUCAAGGAUGCACUAUCAAAGGCUAUGAUCUGGUUAAGGAGCUCAAAGCCAUUUUUAAUGACUUGUUUUCCUUUGGUAUCUGUUUCAAGUUCUUUGCUGAAUGUCGACACCUUGAAGGAAUUAGUUUCCGAGUCAAAGCAUCUGAAGGUUUCUUUGAAAGAAAUAAGGAUGCUUGAGACUGUUUUGAUGAACUGUAAGGAAUGGGAGAAUGAUGCUUGCUCUCUACUGCAAGAUACAAGGUGCCUAUUUGAUAUUAGGAUCAUUGGUGAUGGAACAAGAGAUGGUCUUCUUUCCAAGAUUGAACAUCUAAUUGCAAGAAUCGAAUCCUUGGAAAGCACUGGUUUAUCUCUUUCUUUUGACUUUAGCGAGCUUGUGAAACUUAAGGAGGCUUGUUCUGUGCUGCAAUGGUGUAAGAAGGCUCUUUCUUUCUGCUCUGGAGUUCCUCCUCUUGAGGAUGUUGAAGAUUUGGUGAGUGCUGCAGGAAAUUUAUAUGGUACAAAUGCCCCUAGUGCAUUGUGGGGCUUGUUGGUUGAAGGGCUCAAAUGGCUUGAGCAUGCUACAAAGGUUAUUUCUGCACCAUGCAAUUCUGAAAGACACAUGUUAAGUGAAGCUGAAGAAGUACUAGCUAAAUCUCAGAGUAUUGGUGUCUCCUUCCCAUUGAUGGUUGGUCAACUUGAAUGUGCUAUUCAGAAACACAAGUCCUGGCUUGAACAAGUGCAUCAACUCUUCAGCCUAAGGCCAGAAGAACGAUCUUGGUCUCUAACAUUGCAGCUAAAGGAACUUGGAGUUUCUGCUGCUUUCAGUUGCACAGAGCGAGAUUUGAUUGUAUCUGAAGUUGAAAGGGUUGAGAGUUGGAAACGACAGUGCAUGGAUAUUGUCAGGGUAGUAGUGGAAGAUGAUAAUUCAUUGCUUGGCGGUUUAGAAAAGAUGGGACAGACUCUAGAUCGAUGUAUGCGCAUAUAUGAGAAGCCACAUGGCUUGAAAGAGAGUAGUUCCUUUGCUUGCUGCUCCAGUGGUUCUCUGGAUCAAGAAUUUCUUACUUGUUCUUCAUGCAAGGACUGCUACCAUUUGGGGUGUCUAGGGUCUUCCAUAAUUGAUGGAAAACAUGCAGAAUAUGUGUGCCGAUGUUGCCGACAUCUGGUAUCUGGAACAACUUCUCAAAAUGGACGCAGUUCUCCGAUAUUUGGAGGGGUGCGGCCAGAACUGAAAAAAAUUAUUGAACAUCUAUCCGGUGACGCAGACUUCUGUGUUCGUAUUGAAGAAAGAGAGGUGCUGAAAAUAAAUUUGAAGCAAGCUCUGGCAUGCAAAUCUCGGUUGACAGAAAUAGUGGAUUUUACGUUAGCUUAUUCUGAUAAAGAUCUCAGUGUCAUCUCUGAAAAGCUAACCACGGCUUUAAAGGCCAGAGAAAUUCAAGGUGUGCAUGAUCAUGAAGGGGAUAGCAACCUUAUGUUGGCCUUAUCAAGAUACUCAUGGAAAGUCAGAGUCAACAGGUUAUUGGAGGGUUCACAAAAGCCCACAAUCCAACAGAUUCAGCAGCAGUUAAAAGAGGGAGCUGCCUUAAACAUUCCACCUGAAGAUUACUAUUGGCAGAAACUUACAGAAGUGAGGAUUAUUGGUUUGCAGUGGGCAGAUACUGCCAAGACGGUUGUUGCCGAUUCUGGGGUUCUCUCCUUGGAUAAAAUUUUUGAACUUGUUUCGGAGGGUGAAAAUUUGCCUGUUCGUCUAGAGAAGGAACUUAAGUUGUUGAAAGCUCGGAGUAUGCUUUAUUGCAUAUGUCGAAAGCCGUAUGAUCAGCGAGCAAUGAUUGCGUGUGACCAAUGUGAUGAGUGGUAUCACUUCAAUUGCAUAAAGCUGCGUUCCACGCCAAAGACUUACAUAUGCCCUGCAUGUCAGCCUCUAGCAGAAGAGUUGUCUGCUGAACCCGCGGUGGAUCAAGAGAGAUGUACCGAUGCAAAAUCUGUAGAGCCCAAAACGCCCUCUCCUACGCACACAAAGCGCCGGACGAACCCAAAGAAGGCAGAGUCCGUUAUAGCACAAAAGAUGCUUGCAAUUAGGGAGCCCAACAAUAGUUUUAGGUGUUCUAGUGGGAUAGAACGUUUAUGGUGGCGAAAUCGGAAACCUUUCAGAAGGGCGGCUAAAAGACGUGCCGAGCUUGAAAGUCUCUCUCUGUUUUCUGAUUUGCAACGGUGAAACAUUUAAAAUCAAUGUUGGUUGUAGGCCAACAUUUAGUUUAUUCAUUUGAUUAUUACGGUUUUAGCUCUCAAGUAGAUAGUCCUAAGUUCGAAUUUCUUAAGCUAUAUAUAUACAAUGAGGGGAAAACCCUUGUUCUCGUUCUGGAAAUGUUUCUGAAAUCAUAAACGUUAGCUUGCGUUGUGCGGGGUCAAGCUUGAGGGGGGGACAUUUAUGCCUGUCAAUUUCUUACACGACAUGUUGACUCGGAUUCCUGGAUUCUCUCUGUUUCGCUCGAGUUCUUCUCCUUCCCGGAUUCCAUUACUACUGGAACCCAAAACCCAUUUCCCUAUUUGAAAAAGGAGGUAAAUUAUUUUUAAGUGACAUGGUACUAUUGUUUUA